CCAUCCAGAGGAGUAGGACACCUCUCAAACAAAUCAUAGGAGUAGGACUCCUCCAGAACCCAUCCAGAGGAGGAGGAGGAUACCUCCUGGACCCAUCCAUAGGAGAAGGACACCUCCAGAAACCAUCCAAAGAAGGAGGACACCUCUAGAUCUCAGUGAAAGAAGGACACCUUCAGAACCCAUCCACAGGAAGACACAUCCAGGACCUAUCCAGGAGAAGUGGGCACUUCUAGAAACCAUACAGUGGGGAAGCUUUGUCGGUGGUGAGUGACGACCAAUCACUGUUUGAUUCAACGUAUGGAGCAUCAUCCCACCUUUCGAAGGUGGACAUGACUGCCUCUGGGAAUCCGGAUUAUGGACAACCACACAAAAUAAACCCUUUGCCCCCUCAGCAGGAGUGGAUUAACCAGCCCAUACGAGUCAACAUCAAAAGGGAAUAUGAGCACAUGAAUGGCUCCAGGGAAUCCCCGGUGGAUUGCAGUAUUAACAAGUGCAGCAAAUUAAUUGGUGGCUCAGAGAACAAUGCAAUGACAUACAACAGCUACAUGGACGAAAAACAUACCCCUCCUCCAAACAUGACCACAAACGAGAGGAGAGUUAUCGUGCCAGCAGAUCCUACCUUGUGGACUCAGGACCAUGUCCGUCAGUGGCUGGAAUGGGCUAUCAAGGAAUAUGGACUUAUGGACAUUGAUUGUAAUCUCUUUCACAACACCGAUGGCAAAGAAUUGUGUAAAAUGGGCAAAGACGAUUUCCUUCGCAGUACGUCCCUAUAUAACACAGAAGUUCUCCUGUCUCAUCUCAGCUACCUCAGGGAAAGCAGCUCGUCAUUGAGUUAUCCCGCAACAUCACACACAGACCAGACUUCUCGAGUACCCACGAAAGAGGAUCCCGCCUAUGAGGCAGCCCGGAGAUCGGGAUGGGGAAAUACUGUAAACUCUCCAGUUACCAAAACCCCCCCUCUGGGAGGAACCCAAAAUGUGAACAAGACUGCAGAUCAGCAAAGGACCCAGCCAGAUCCCUACCAAAUCCUGGGACCUACAAGCAGCCGGUUAGCAAAUCCAGGAAGUGGUCAGAUCCAGCUGUGGCAGUUCCUCUUGGAGUUGCUCUCCGACAGUGCCAAUGCCAGCUGUAUCACCUGGGAAGGCACAAAUGGAGAAUUUAAAAUGACAGACCCGGACGAGGUGGCCCGACGCUGGGGUGAGAGGAAAAGCAAGCCCAAUAUGAACUACGACAAGUUAAGCAGGGCACUGAGAUACUACUACGAUAAAAACAUCAUGACUAAGGUUCACGGCAAACGUUAUGCCUACAAAUUUGACUUUCAUGGUAUUGCCCAGGCACUUCAGCCUCACCCCACUGAGACAUCCAUGUACAAAUACCCAUCGGAAUUCUCGUACAUGCCCUCUUACCAUGCCCACCAACAGAAGGUUAAUUUUGUCCCGUCCCACCCUUCCUCUAUGCCGGUCACAUCAUCUGGGUUCUUUGGAGCAACUUCACCUUACUGGAGUUCACCAAGUGCAAAUAUCUACCCCAACCCCAAUGUGCCACGACACCCCAACAGCCACGUACAGCCACACCUGGGUAGUUUUUAUUAGACUCCGUUCCAGAGAAGGUGGUUUGGUGACUUCAUCAAUGGCUUUACCGUGCCAAAGAUCUCCCCGUUUGUUGGAUAAAGUGUGGCUAUCGAGGCAUAAAGUGAACAUAACUGGAUAAAAAUCCAGUAUUUUGGCAAAUGUGCCUUUAUUCUUUCCUAACAGUGAAAAUGGAUCUUUGUGGGCCAGUAUUAUACUGCAUUUAUGUUUGCAUUCAUGUGGUUUCAGGAUAAGCUCAUUGAAGAUCUCGGUGUGUGAUUGGGAAGAAAGCCACAUCUUGAUGUGCUGCCAAACUUAGCAUUGGAUCCGGUCAGUGAGCUAUUUACUUUAACAGAGUCAUUUACGAAAGUGAGAUAUCAGAUUGAAUUAGAAAUUUAAGGCCAGAGUAGUUGAAUUGGAAGAAUAGCUGACUUAGAGAUUGUUUCAUUUCGACUAGUAUGACCUCAAAUAUUAAAUUCACUUUGACUUCUGUCUUUAGUGAACCCUGGAAAUAUUCCUGUUUAUAUUUUUUUGUUUAUUUUUACCUUCUGAAUUCUGAUUUUGACACAUUUUUCUCAGACGCACUGGAUGGCAAUAGGAAACCUUUUAAACCAACUGGAAACAAAUGGAAGUAUUAUUAUAAGUAUAAUGACCGUAAGGGCGUGUUAUAUCGCCUUUUGGAAUGUACAGAGACCACUCUGAAUAUAGCUUUAUUUAACUGGGGGCACUGCCCUUUCAAUGCAAAAUGUUUACUCAUUUUAUUAUCGAUCAAACCCAGCAAUAAUCUAAUGUUCAUUCAUACAUUAAACUGUAAGCAGAGAUCUUUAGCGCAAAAGAACAAUUUAACUAUGAAAAUGUUUGCAGUGUACGCCUAAAGACCCCACCGGCUGCAGAUUAAAGUGUGGGUAACGCCUUAACAUAAAUGGGUUGUGUAGGAAUCAUCACAAAUAGGCAGGUUUAUAUAUGUUUGUAAAUGCUUUAAAACUGGCCCUUCGUGCAUUUUACUGCUUAAAGAGUUAUUGUAAUCAUCAUUACCACUAAUGUCUGCUGUAGUGGUUAUGGUGGUAGGAGUACCCUUGAACAGUUCCCCAGUAAUGGAACAAACUGUUUGCAGUCUAACCUGGUCUCCUCUGUAGGCAGGUUUACAACAUCGGCAGAGCUGAUAUCUAUCCUGCCCCACAUGCAUUGUCUGAGACCACUUAAAUCACUGAAGUGGUAAUGGUGUCUGGAGUAACUCUUUAAGGAGCCUUGGGAGCUAUAACAGUUGGUCAAGGGUUCUCUGAGGAAUCUAACCAAGGUGAAAGUGUUUAGGGCAGUAAAGAAGGGGAGCUGGAAUAAAGUGAGGUUUAUUUUUCUAUCCAUGUACUGAACUGGCUCUGACUUCGUAUGAAAACAAUUGGUCUUUAAAUAUCACGUAGAACGUGGACUAGCAGGCAGGGUACAGACAGCCGAAGCUUGGGUUAUAUUUAAAUAUACUAAAGGUGGCCAUUUAGAAGGUUUUACCCCAUGGCACAAUUUAUUCUUGAUCUCUACCUGUUAGAUAUAAAAACUUCCAGUCUGAUUGGACGAUCAAUGACCAUAAAAUACAUUAAUGAGAAUAAACUAAAGGCAGCCCCAUGUUGGCUGCAUGACGCCAAGUGCCUUAAACGAUAAAAGUAAAAACGUUUACAUUUACAUUUAAACAUCCAAAAAAAAAUGAAUUUAAAAGCGCCUCACAAAUAAGAGAUGGUGACACGUUUCGAGGCACACAAUGUAAUGUAUACAUUAUGAUUUGCUAAAAUGAUUUAAAUGUAUCUUUAUUUUACCUGAAGCUAACCUAGAUAUGCGUAUGAAAAGGCAAUGUGUCACUGUCUUUUUAAAGUUUAUAAUCUGUUUCCUACACCAAGACCCCCUUCCUCUCCUUGGAAAAUCAUGGUGGAUGAUGACAGAAGGGGAAAGGUUUCAGCACGAUUUAUCUUGCGAGUUGAUGUAGAAUACAGAUCUGCAACUGUAGGACUCUGCUGGCAGACAAACAACAUGCACACACUCAGCGGACCAGGCAAUAAGCAAUUAGAGUUAGCAAAACAAGAUUUUGUUUUUUGGAAAGCGUUUUCACUCUUUAGGGCAGAAUGAGAAACCCGACCUUCAUCUGCAAAUAAGAACAUUUGGGGGUUUCCCCAUUAAAUGCAACACAGUUCUGCCAAUUGCAGAGAAUUGAAAACCAAGUGGGUGAAUUCAGGCUAAAUCGCAAAGCUCUAAUUAUAGUUGGAGAAUUUUUUAUCAAAUGAAA